AUGAGUGCUGGUCUUUUUUCGAUCUUUGACCUGUCAGACCAGUUUUUCGCGUCUCGGCAGUCAUUGUUUAGCCAAGCGCAAUGGAAAUUCAUUAAUGACUACUUUGAUGAAAAGUUGAAGCUACCGAUGUAUACUUUGGAAACUGUUACGAAAGACACAAUAGCCACCGUAGAGAAUACACUCAAUUUGUCAGGAAAUUAUGAUGCCGUCAUUGACUACAUUCGAAAAAUACGUGACAAAAACAAGAAC